GCUGCUCGCUCUGGAAGUGCGCGAGGCGGGGCCGCGGCGGCUGGAGGCGGUGGCGGCGGCAGCGGCGGCGGCGGUGACGGAGACGCGUCCCAGCCGGACCAAGUCUCCACCGUCCCCAGCGGCCUGGAAUGGGUAAUGGUGUGAAGGAAGGUGCAGUGCGAUUGCGUGAGGAUGCCGAGGCCGUCUUGCCCUCGCCCAUCUCUUCAAAGAGUGAUCACAGGCAAGUUCUCAGCUCCCUCUUGUCAGGGGCCGUGGCCGGCGCUCUUGCCAAAACAGCAGUAGCUCCCCUGGACCGAACCAAAAUCAUCUUCCAAGUGUCUUCAAAAAGAUUUUCUGCCAAGGAGGCCUUCCGGCUGCUCUACUUUACCUACCUCCACGAGGGCUUUCUCAGCCUGUGGCGUGGGAACUCGGCCACCAUGGUGCGCGUGGUACCCUAUGCCGCCAUCCAGUUCAGCGCACAUGAGGAGUACAAGCGCGUCCUGGGCCGCUACUACGGCUUCUGUGGAGAAGCCCUGCCCCCUUGGCCCCGCCUCCUCGCAGGGGCACUUGCUGGAACCACAGCCGCUUCGCUUACCUACCCCCUGGACCUGGUCCGAGCACGCAUGGCCGUGACCCCAAAAGAAAUGUACAGCAACAUCUUUCACGUCUUCAUCCGCAUCUCCCGGGAAGAAGGGCUGAAGACCCUCUACCAUGGCUUCACACCCACCGUGCUAGGGGUCAUCCCGUAUGCCGGGCUGAGCUUCUUCACCUACGAGACACUCAAGAGCCUGCACAGAGAGUACAGCAGCCACCGGCAGCCCUACCCCUUCGAGCGAAUGAUUUUCGGGGCCUGCGCCGGCCUCAUCGGGCAAUCCGCCUCUUACCCGCUGGAUGUGGUGCGGAGGCGCAUGCAGACGGCCGGCGUCACAGGCCACCCGCGCACCUCCAUCGCCUGCACACUGCGCACCAUCGUGCGGGAAGAGGGCGCCGUGCGCGGCCUCUACAAGGGCCUGAGCAUGAACUGGCUCAAGGGCCCCAUCGCCGUGGGCAUCAGCUUCACCACUUUCGACCUUAUGCAGAUCCUGCUGCGGCACCUGCAGAGCUAGGGCCCCAGGGCUCGCUCCUUUCAGGACUGGAAGCCGAGCUUGAGCCCGUGGAGGACCCCUGACCCCUAAAGUUUUGGAGCUCCUGGAACGAAGUGGCCUGGUUCUGCCCCGGAGCCACGUGGGAGAGCCUGUGGAACAAGCAGGCAGGCCAGGGGGCCUGAGUUCGAUACCCAGGGGUCUGGGGCUGAGAGGAAGGCCAGAGGCCCUUGAAGUGCAAUGUUGGGACCGGUUGGCCUGUCUCCUCUCUUCCCUCCUCCCUGGGGCUAGCGCUCCCUCUGGAGAUGCCCCUCUCUAAACGCUCUGACGCUGGAGUGACCAGCACCGCCUCCUGCACUCUGUGCCCUUGGACAAGCUCCUGGCUCUAGUGACCCUGUCCCUACUGGGCUCAGAGCCAGACUCCGCCUACCCCUUGUCCUGGAUCUGUGCUCCGCCAGGGCGAGCCAGAGAGAGCAGGAGAGGCCUGGCCUCCCCUGUCCACAAUGGGACCAGUCUCCUGUUCAGCUGUGGCUACAAAUACAGCCUCUCACCGCACCACCCCUGCCCUGCCUUUACUUCCCAGGUGACACAACUCCUCCGACCCCGGAGCCUUCUGCUCGGAAACAGCCUUCUCUGAGAGUGUUAUCCCGAUCCUGACUCCACACCAGUGUGGGGCCCCAGAGCCAGUCUUCCCACUGGAGCCCGCCCCACAGCAGCACACUGAGGCUGGGCCUCAGGCCCUUACCCUCUGCCCACAGGCACAGCGGUUCCUGGGAGCACCAGUAGCAUCUGGCACAUCCUUGGCUUCCCACCUGAGCAGGCAUUGGGCCAAGACACGUCACAAUUAAAGGCCCACAGGGUUGUCUGAUUUCCAUGAAUGGAGUGCACAGAGGUGGCUGGCAGCCUGGAUCCUGCCUAAAUGGGAGGUCCCAAGACAGUGUAUGUCCUGGGAUGGGAAGCUCGGAAGAGUCUGGGUACCCCAGGGCACCCCCAGAAAGCCAGCCUCACAGAGAAGUUUCCAGGUUCAGCUGGUGUCACAGGGACUCAGAAAUACCCGUUUCCUAAUGAUGUUUGGAGUUUCUUGACUUUUUGUUUUUUAAAUUGUCCAACCUUGCGUCCAGUCACAGUAAACCCUGACUGGCCCAAUCUGGUUCCAGGACGAGGUUGACUCAGCCCCACCAUGUGUGAAAAAGAUUUGUGUGCUUGUCCCACAUGCAUUUUCAGUUGUGACUUUGAUUUCUUCUUUUUGUUUUGUCCGGUGUCUGUUCUUACCUUGGACCUGUGGGUACCCUUCUUUGCAUGUAUCUAUCUGCCAGCCCCAGUCUCAUCCCCAAACUCUUGUCCCCAGAGGCCCAAGCAGCCUGUGAUGGCUGUCCUAUUGGAUAAGUGUCCCACCUCUCUCAGCUUUGCGCAGUGCUCAGGAGAGGCAGGGGCGCCCCUCACAGGGAGACAGGUUGGGGAGCCAAGAGUCCCAGAGGGGAGAGAGCAACAGGGACUUGGGGGUCCACCCUGGGCAGGUGAGACCAGGUGGCUGGUUGGGCAGCACCCCCCUGUGAGCUGCAGGCUGGGCAGGAGGGGGAGGGUAACCCCAGGUCCUCCUGGCCCUAGUGUGCCACCCCAAGGUGGCUCCCAGCCCAGUGGGCGUCAGCAGCUCCACCCCCACUCCCUAGCCCCACACACAGAUGGGCUGACACCCUCCGUGGUCACUCCCCACCGGCUGCCUGUCUUGGUCUGGAGUUAUUUUGAUGCCAUGAAGACACUUUGUUUAUAUAUAAUGUUUAUAUAUUUUAAAGAUUUGUGCCAAGAGAGUAUAUUUAAUAAAAAUUAAACUGACUUUUCCUCCUGUCCAUGUCUGUUUUCUUAGGUUCUGAUCCCUACCCCAUCCACCACGAACCAAAAACAGGGUUGAGGUUAUUUUGAUUUUUUUAAUACAGUCAUGAAUAAACUUUUUUUUAAUGUAAUUGUUUGAAUUGUCAAUUCACACUAUGAUUUUCUGGAAAACUGCACAGAAGGGUUUACAAAGUAGGUGAGCCUCCUGGCUCUUUCCGCAGGGGAGUUCCCAUUACCGGUUCAUUGCAUCUUUCCUAAGAUCCUGUGUGCAUACACACUUGUUCCUUUGGGGACAUCAGUCAGGAUGGGCCAUGUCCUGUUCAGUGAGCACUGCUCCCAGAUCCUAAGGUUUCUCUCUCCUGUGCCUUGUGGUCUGUUGUGUGUGCUGGGGGCUCUGCUCCACAGCUGGCUGAGGCCUCAGAUGCUGAGAGUCACCGUCUUCAAGGACAGGAGGGUGAGGCCACCAGAGAUCUGACAGUGGUCCUGGAACAUGGAGGGUGUGCCAGCCACAGGCGGGAAGUGGGAGCCUCACUUCGCGGGAAGUGUGGGUGGUGAGUGACAUGCUAUUUACUUAUUUACUAUUUAACCCCAUUUAUUGACUCAUUUCUGGGCUAGCUUUUUGCCAUCAGAAAUAAUGCUGUGAUUGCCACCCUGGCUUCUGCACCCCCGGGUGAGAAUCUCCCAGGAUGUGUCCCUGAGGGACCAGCCAGCGGUGGCGUCAUCUCUUCCAGAUGCCACCGAAGUGCUCCCCAGCAAGGUUGUGCCAGCGCAGGUGCCCGCAGGUGUCAAGCAGGGUUCAUGAUUGUUGGCCAUUUAUUCCCCUCCUCUUCAUCAUUCUGUGCACGGCAGCCCCAGACAGCAGGCCUGGUAGGAGAGGCAAGAUGUUCCUGAGUGACAUGAGUGAUGUUUUUGUGCUCCAGGGAGGCAGCAAUGGAUGUGACACCAACACACUGGAGAGAAGUGGCUGCAACUCCCCACCAGCCCCUCUGCUCAAUGGGCCUCAUGUUCCUCUAGGGAGGGGUGAGUCAGGGUUCCCAGACUUGUGUCUGCCCUGGGGGACUCCUCGGGACAGGCAAUGUGAUGGGUGGUGCUGCUCUGGCUCUUGCUGUGAAACAUUUAAAAAACAUGCCAUGGAGCCAAGGGGAGGCAGGUGGGAAUCCUGGAGGGUGGCUGAGGGAGGGGAAGACCCUGCCUAGGGUAUUGAGAAAAGUGCCCCCUCCCCAGCCUGGAGAUUCCCUGCAGGGUGGGUGUCGGCCAGCCCAGAAACUAGCACCGGGGAGCCAUGGAGUGUUUGAGCAGAUGAGGGAGAAUGGAGCGGGCUCAGGCAAGGAGCCAGGCUGGGGUCUGGGAGAGAUGGACUGAAAAAGUUCCAGAAAGCUCUAGGUGAGGGAUGGGACCAAGAGCUCCCCCUCAGGGCCCAGCCUGGGCACCCAUCUUCAGUCUGGGAGAGAUCAGACCCAGACUCAAUUCUCCUAAUUUGUGUCUUCCUAGGAAAUUGUUGCCUCCAGAUGACUUCUGACAAUUCACUCAAGAUCUUAUUGUCUCUGCCUUUGUUGUGACUCUUCUGCCUUUUCAGCUUGUGUGUUUUCUGAGCUGUCAUGCACUGAUGUUUGUGUCUACUCCAAAUCCCUAUGUUGAAACCUAAAGCCAACCGUGGUGGUGUUAGGAGGUGGGGCUUGGGGAGGUGCUUCGGGUCAGAGGAGGUCAUACGGGUGGGGCCCCCACGAUGGGACAGUGCCCUUACAAGAGUCAC